CCUCUCCCAAAUAUCAGAUCAAAAAGAGGGGGGAAAACUCUUUUUGGUUCAACUAUGGCGGCAUCGUCGUCUUCGGAUACUUCUUAUUGUUCCACGGAUUCCUUGUCCGAUUCGUCAUCCUCACGGGCCAAAAAACGCCGUCAUCGCAGUCACCGACGCGAAAGAGACAGAGAUUCUCUCAAAAUCCGAAAGAAAAACCGUUUGAUUGGUAAACGGCGUCGUAGGAAGCAUCGCCGCCACUCUUCCGAUUCUUACUCUUCGUCUGACACCGAUUCCUCCAGGGGUAACAAUUCAUCGGACAGUGAGCAUGAGUCCAGCCAUUCAAAGAGGCACAAGAAAAGUGACAGGCAAAAGAUGGUUAAGUUUUGGUUCUACCCUCAGUUAGCUCUGGCAUGGCUACUACAUCAAGGGGAAGACAUCAUUCCGAUCCCAGCUACAAGAUGAUUUGAAAGAAAUCUGUGAUGCUGUGCCAGUUGAAGAAGUUGGUGGCGGCAGAGAGUAUGAUGUUUUUGCUGAUUAUUGCUAUAAGGUGGCAAAAACAUCCAACUUACCUUUUACAUUUUUGGGGUUGAAUUUCGGUGGCUAAGUUUCUUAAUUGGUGUUUGGCUUCAAUUUGAACUGUCUUACCAGUGAUUAUUUGGGCCUUAGAAGCUAGCUGUAUCUAGGAUAGUUUGUAAAUCUUAUGCAACAUUGACAGUGGCAAAGUAUUAAAU